GAAAAGAAGAAAAAAGGGUUUGGAAGAAAGAAAGAAGAAACGGCCGACAAUGCUGGCUGGUUCUAGCCAAAUUAUUGCCCAGUAUUAUAACCUAAUCCGCUUGGGCCAGGAGGGGUAUCGCAAUAUCAUGGAGAAUUGUCACGAAAACGCAAUGGUGCUAAAGGAAGGGUUGGAAAGGACAGGGCGCUUUAACAUAUUGUCAAAGGACCAUGGGGUGCCAGUGGUGGCCUUUUCUCUCAAGAAGAAAAACGGCGGCCAUGAUGAGUUCGAGGUGUCUGAAAUGUUGCGCCGCUUUGGUUGGAUUGUGCCGGCGUAUCCAAUGCCGGCGGAUGCAGAGCACAUUACAGUGCUCCGUGUCGUGAUUAGGGCGGAGUUCUCGCGAACCCUAGCUGAGCGCCUUGUGCAAGACAUCACGAAUGUUCUCCAUGAUCUCGACAAGCUCCCCCCAAAGCUCAUAGUUGGUGAAGAAGAGAAACAAGAGAAUGGUGGUGGUGCGCUGAUGAAGAGAAAGAGUAACUUGGAGACACAGAGGGAAAUCACUACAUAUUGGAGGAAUUAUGUCGUUGCCCAGAAAGCAAUCAAGCGCCAAAAAGUCGCGGCCUCUUAACCGAUCGAGGAUGGGUGAACCUAAAUUAGGAGCUAGCUUCUCCUGUACGUUUACGCUGAUUAAGAGUGCAUUUAGAGUUUGAU